UUAUUCACGGAAAGUGUAUCGCCAUAUUGCUUCCGUGAACUCAGUGAAAUAUUUGUGCAUUUCUCAACAAUUAUGACUGUAAUAUCAAUAUGAAGUGAAUAAAAUCAAACCACAGUUUGUUAGAAUCUGUGGGGAUACAUUUUUAUGCAUCUCAGUCUGUGAAAUAGCGUGCAAUAGCAUCGAGCAGGCAGUAUGUCGUUCGAAAAAAUGGAAGUGGUGAAUCCUGCUGAAAAAGAGGCGAGUGAAGUGCUGCAUUCUCUGCUGUCUGUAGAGCGGCGAAGCGUGGACAGCAAGGAGGCGAUAAUCGUGUCCAUACCAACAGACCAGAACGGUGGCGGCGAAUAUGGUGAGAGUGCACAGUGGCACACACCCGUCAUGGGCCAACACUCAGUUUUUGAAAUGGGUGGAGGACAAAACAUGCAACAACAUACUUACAGUGGCCACCAAGAACAGGUGUUAUGGCAAGGCCAUACAAUACAAGUAGAAAAUGGUACAGCCAAUUUGCAGAGCAUACCUGGUACUUACAGUAUAGAGUUUGGCUCUCACGUGGAUACUGAACCCGGAGACAUGGAAGUUGACACUAAACCGAAAGUGGAAAAGAAAACUGGUAAUAAGAAAAAGAAAAAAACUGACUCUGACAGUGAUGAAGAAGUUCUUGACAAUAAGCUUGAGGAUAAUCCUACACAGGUCAAAGAAAGACUGAAGAGAGGCUGCGAUUGUAAAGACAAUUGUUAUCGAGGACUGAAUCCAGAAGCAGUAUAUCGCCAUAGACUUAAUAUUGCUGAAUUGACCAAGAGUGAACAUGAUAUGUAUCUUAUGGGUAUUACAAUGGCCAGCUUGGCGAAUCCAGCUGAGACUUCAAGGCACAAGGUCAGGAGGAGACUGAGAGCUUGCUAUGUGUAUCAGGGUAGAAAGGUUUGCCUAGAGGCUUUCUUGUAUCUUGAAAAUGUAACUCACUAUCAACUAAAGAGGAUUAGGCAGCAUGUGAUGACGCACGGUGUCGCGCCGCGGAUACACGGCAAUGUCGGAAAGAAGCCAUACAACACAUUCACUUUAGACAUUUAUAAACAUGCAACUAAUUUCUUAAAAGAAUAUUUGAAACAACAUGCAAGUUCACCUAAAGAUGUUCAACCAUCAGGUGAAAAUGGUAAAAAAGCCAGCAAGACUGUUAUUAUACAAGGAGACUCAAGGAAACAUUUGUUUGAAGCAUAUAAAGAGUAUGGAGAGAUUUUAGAGCCAGGAGUGAAGCUUAUGGGUUAUUCCACUUUCCGUGCUUUCAUGAAGGACCAGUUUCCCCAUGUCAAAUUUGCAACUAAGAAACAAGAUAUUCCUAAAGAUAUGGUGCCAUUCCGCAGUGGCAAAUGUAUGUCAUAUGACAAAAACAAAGAUCCUAUACGAAUGCAGCAGGAGAAAGAAAAGGCCGAAGCUAAAAAGGCAGCUAUUGAGGCUAAGAAAAAAGAAGAACAUGAUAGGGAACAGCAGGCACAGCAACAAGCCCAGCAACAGCAGCAGCAGCAACAGCAAGUGCAACAGCAGCAGCAACAGCAACAGGUGCAACAAGUACAGGUGCAACAGCACCAGCAGAUGCAGAACCAGGCUCAUGUGGUCAUACACCAGCAGCAGCCACAACAACAGCAGCAAAUGCAACAACAGAUGUUGGUGCCACAAGUCAGCCAACACCAACAAGUGCUCACGCAACAAGUACAAGGGGUACAGCAAGUGGCGCAACAGCAUUGUGUGCAGCCUCUUGGAGUGUCAGAAGAAGGCGGCCAAUCUGUGGAAAUGGCUCAGCAAGUUAUACCUUUGGCUGUAGUUCAACAACCACAACAGGCUUAUAUUGUUACUCCUGUGUCACACUUCCAAACGCGAGUUCAAGGAACUUGGUACAGACAUUGACAGCCACUUGCAGUUACAGUAUAAGUAUCAGUUAUGUGCAACUGAAAGAAGCAAAUGCAAAAACUUUACGUAAUCUAAGAUCUCGUAGCAACAAAACUGUUGUUUAAUGAAAUGGUUCUCUUGAAAAUCUUGGUUAAUUUCAAAUGCCACACAUAACUUUGGCAAUAAGUUAGCAAGGAUAGUUAGGUAACACCUUUCAGUAUUGGUUGAAAAACUAAUUUAAUAAAACUAUCUGUAAGUAUAAAAGUUAAUCAUAUUUACACCAUUUAUAUUAGGGAUUAGCUAUGUAGUUUUUUUAGAAUUAUGUAUUGUGGUUUUCCAACAGAUAACUAAAAUUAUUUUUAUUAUGAGUAUAAAUGAAUAUUGUGUAGUAACUUCAUGGACUUUAAUAUAAGUGAGAACACAUUGGAUUUUAGAUGCAACAAACAAUUUAAAAUCAUUUAAUUCAAUAAAUACGGCAAUAAUUUUAAAGAUCUGGGUAACACACUUGAUUUUAUAUAUUUGAUUAAUCCUCAUUGGUUGUUGUUCUAAAAUUUAGAAAGGUGUAGGAAGUUAAAAGAUGGAGACAGCAGCAGUUUCACAAAAUGAUUCAACAGUAGUGAUGUUUUAAUUUAUCUUUUGAAUCAGAAUUUUAUGAGUCCAGUUUUCAAUGUAUCAAAAAAGCAGUGCCUUCAUAAUAUGAUGUGGAUUAUGAUAUAAUUUUGCAUUGUUGUUUCGAAAUUUCUUUUUAGAAUAAUGUAAUAUAGGAUUUUAAACAAGCAAUUGAACUACAAUUUCGUGUUGUUUAUUAAUACCACCAACCAGAUUGUAUAUUAAUGAUGAAUGCCCCGUGAGGAAUGUUUCCUAUUAAUGUGAGAUGAUAGUGUUUCCUACAUUGAACUAUGGUGACAUUUAAAACAUAUUUAUUUUUUUACAAUAACUUGGAAACAUAAUUACAUAUCAAAUCUUCCAAACACUAAUCUGGGUAAAAGAAGUCUGGAAUCGUUUUUGGAUUUGUUGGAGUUGCCUACUCUUGAAAUAUAUUCAUGUGAAUGUAGUAAUACAAAUGCAAUAAUGGAAUUUGUCCUGUUUAAAACUCCAUUUACACCUGUUUAUGUUAUUGUAAAAUACAUAAUUUGCCACUUCCACAACAAAAUAAGAGAUCUUCCAUUAACAAUAAAAUUUGAAAAAUAACAAAUUAUAAACACCAAUCUUUCUGGCUCUGUGGGCCUAAGGUCAAAAACUAAAAAUGUUAAAUAAUAAAAGUCACAUUGAGCCUGGGCUUCUUUGAACAGCCUGUGCAUACAAAUGAGUCCUCACCUAACACACUAAAAUAGUCUCUUCAAUGUUAUUAUGUAAUUACCAAUGCCUUAGGACUUAGCUUUGUAUCACAAUAUUUAUCACAAUGACUACACUUUUAAAUAAAGACAAUUUUUAAAAUAAGUUAUUUUGCUCAGCAACUUCAAAAACGCACAUUAUUUUCUAAUGGUGUUAUUGUCGAUCAAGAAGGCUGAUUUGAAAGUGCUGAGUCUAAACUAUGACCUCGGCUAUGAGUUCAUGUAUAUUUAGUAAGCGCAGACAAAGAUAGUUGUUUUGAAAAAAUCUAGUAUAGAACUAGGUUUAAUAUCACGGUGACCAAACAUUGCAAUAAAACCAAUUUUGAAAACCAUGUGAUUUAUAUGUAUGUAAUCAGAAUGGUGUAAAACUUUUUCAAGUAGUUGUAAGGACUUUAUUUUAUGAAUUCAAAAUACUUUUGAAAAUUUGCUUGACACUGAUCUCUAGAACAACAUAGCUUAGUAAGAGAUUAGCCAUCAAUUGUUUGGUUAAUAUUAAAAAAUAGAUAUCUUCGAAAUUGGAUCAAUUUAGAAGAUAUCUAAAGACUAAAUAUUGUGUUCUAGUGAUCAUUGCACAUUAAAUUAUUUAGAUAUGCUCAAGAUUGUUGCCACUUCAAGGCUAUUUUAUGAAACUUUAAUUGGCAUAUUUAUAGAUCCCAACGAUUUUUUAUGUGAUUAAUUAAAUAUCUUAUUUAAAAUCCAGUUGAUGAAAAAAUAAUAACAGAGAAUGUCUUCGUGAUAACCAGAUAAGGAGAUUUUAAACAGGAGGCAAAUUAAAAUCUCAUGUUAUUUUGAACUUAGAUAAUAAUAGUGUAAUCUUAUGUAUCUAGUUGAUAGAAGUGUGUAAUCAUAAUCAAUUAAACUAUAGACAGUACAGAAAUGUGCCUAGAAAUUAUGCUUAUCCAUGUAUUUUUAUAGUGCAAUAAUGUGCGACAUUCGGAGCAGAUAUUAAUUGAUAUUGUCGAUAAAUAGAAAAUAUUCUUGUAUCAAACAGCAGUCCAAUGUUUAGCCGAAUAAAGCAAAUAGUCGUUGUUUAAUCUCAUCUACAGAUUGUUAAUUUACAGAACCAUAAUUUGCUUCGAAUCGUAGUGAUUUGCCCUUAGCAAGAUAUUCGGCAUCUAUGUUCCAAAA